CCCUAAGACCUAAACUAUAAAGAUGUCCUUGUUGAAAUUUUUGUGUUUAAAAGCUCAGGUUGCGGUUCCUUCUGUGGAGCAACCAGAAUGAAACACGUUGUAAGAUAUAAAAACUUGUACUGAUGUAUGUAAAACCUGAGGCGUGUGUGUGUGUGUAAUCAAAGACCUUGUGAAAGUGUUGGGGUGAGUUUGUACAAACCCCUGUACCCCCUCGAAGGCGCGACUGAAUCAUGCUGGGAUGCAUGGCAGGAUGUUUUCUGUUUGCCUGCAAAGGCAUGAUAUGUAAUAACAGACUUAAAGCAACAAGGAGCAGAUUUGCAUUCAAGGUAAGAAAGAGUUAAAACAGAAGUGCUGCUGCAGAGGCAGGCUUGUGUAACCUGCAGAGCAGGAAGAGCAUCUCCUGCCCCGAACCCUUCUGCUGGUGAGGAGGAGGAGGUUGCUGUUGCUCAGGAUUGAGCAGAAGGACCUGAUAAUGUCACCCCAAUUGCUGCAGCAUUUGCAACACAACAGGACCGGUAACGGCCCCUUUAGGGCAAGCAGCGGGUCUGAGGAGAGUAAAGGUGAAUCUUUGAUGGGGAAAUUUAGAUGUUUGAAAGUUGGUUGUGAAUAGGACUGGAUAAAGGUUCGAGUUGUUUGUUACUAGGUAAUUGUGAUGUAGAAAAGUUGGUGAAUAUAAAACCAACUUAUUUGGUGUUAAACUUCAGUGAAAAGAAUUUGUUACAGUUGUGGGAGCUGCUGGCCACCAGGAAAAUAUCCUGAAACCUUUAAAGUACAAACUAAGAAAACAAAUAAGAAUGCCAAAUUCACCAAAAUCUUUGUUGGGAAGAGAUUUAUUAGAAAAUCUAGACGUUUAAAGAAGGGAAAUGAAACCAAAAGUUAAGAAUGAUCGAUUAAUUAAAAUGUUGAGCUUAUAUUUAAUUCAACAGAAAAGUGGAAGAGAGGACCUCCCUGAAGUAAAAGAAAUCUUUAACCAGGUAUAUCUGGAAGUUAAUUCCAGGUAAGGGGAAAAAUGCUUUCCCUGUUACAGUAAAAAUUAUAAACGGGAGGCCUGCCUAGUUUAGGUAAAAAAAUAUCCCUUGGUCAGCAAGGCUGUGGGGGAUAUUGCAUAAAAACUAAAAUAAAAUACACUCUGUAGUAGUUCUACUAAUGUAAAUCUGUGAAUUAUCCUUAAUACCAGAUGGUAAAAUCCAAACUGUAAGUACAGAUCAGGAGCCAAAUUAUUCUAAAGAAAACUUAAAGGUAAUUCAGGACAUGAAUGAUAAAAUAAAUAAGUGGACUUAUUUGAGGGAUGGUCGUAUAGUGGUACCAUCCAAUUUAAUAUGGACCACAGCCGUAAUAGAACAUAAUAAGAUGCAUUGAAGAGCUGAUAAUUUAUAUAAAAGUCUAAAUCAGAAAUUGAUAGGGCAGAACUUGUAUACUGUAAUAAAACAGGUGACUUAGCAAUGUGAAAUGUGUUUGAAAAUUAGCCAGGGCAACAGUGGCAAGCUGAUUUUGCCAGACUUCCAAGAAUUGGGGGGUACCGAUAUUUAUUAAAUGGAUGGACACCCCAACGUAUCAUACAGUAUUAUGGACCUGCAACUUGGAAUCCUAAUGAACUCAUUAAUGGUGCUCGAGAACCUAUCUACAAUCUGAAUCGUAUCAUUCGUCUACAGGCUGUCUUGGAAAUUAUUACUAAUCAAACAGCUAAAGCUUUUGAUGUGAAAUGCAAUUUAUCAACACAGGAUGGUUCUCGAUUACCUGCUAGCUGAAGAAGGAAGUGUUUGUGGUAAAGUAAAUGUUUCCAAUAGGUUAAACGUUUUGAGAACGCUCACCUUGCAGAAUGUUCAGAGGGGGAAAUGUACACUCUGGACCCUUCUUCCCUGGCAGGUGACGUGGUGGUCUGGUGGUAAGAAAACAUUACAUUGAAAACAGGGACCUGUCAUUUGGCCAUAGUGCCAUAAAUGUUACCAUUGGCAGACUUACCGGAGUAGUAAGCUCGGGAAAUGGGUUUGGGACUUCAUCUGGGCACGCAGUAGCCAUUGUUUAUCACACGAAUGAUCCACGUAUAUGGAGGCUCUGUAUAGACUCAACAGUGUGACCUUUGCCUCCAGACUAAUCCAAAGAAUACUCCCAAACUAGAAAUGGGCCAGAUUGGAAAGGGAAAUGGGCCUGGAUAACAAUGGCAGGUUGAUUUCACAGAACUUCCAAGAAAAGGGGGGUAUCGAUAUUUGCUGGUAUUAACUGAUACCUUUUCAGGUUGGCCAGAAGCAUUCCCAACCAGAACUGCCAAGGCUCGGGAGGUAACUAAAAUACUAAUACAAGAAAUAAUACCGCGUUUUGGGGUUCCAGCAACCAUAUCCUCUGACAGAGGACCACACUUUGUUUCAAAGAUAGUGCAACAAACCAGCCACCAUUUAGGUAUAGAUUGGCAACUUCACACCCCAUAUCGCCCUCAGUCGAGUGGCCAAGUGGAGAAAAUGAACCACUUAAUCAAACAGCAAAUUGUAAAGUUGGGACAAGAAGCAAACUUGCCAUGGCCUCAGUCUCUCCCCUUAGCCCUUUUGCGUAUACGGACAAGACCGAGGGUGAGAGAAGGACUGAGCCCUUUUGAAAUUCUGUAUGGACGCCCCUAUGGAAUACAAAAGGGGACAUCAAUACAAAUUGGGGACGAAAUUAUGGCUUCCUAUAUGGUGGCAUUGAGCAAGCAGCUCAAUAAAAUUGGAAAACAUGUAAUUGGGACCCGAGGAAGGGGUCUGGAUGGGCCUGUACAUGAUAUUCAACCUGGAGAUUAUGUAUAUGUAAAGUCUCUUGCAGAAAAAACCUUGAAACCACAGUGGGAAGGACCAUACCAAGUACUCCUCACCUCCUUCACAGCAAUCAAAAUUAAAGAACAGAAUGCCUGGAUUCAUCAUACCCGUGUGAAGAAGUCACCACAAAAGCUUUGGACAUCAGAAAUUCAAGGGCCGUUAAAGCUCAAGCUAAAAAGAUAGGAUGUGGGUUAAAUUUAACAUGAUUCUGAUAAUUUCACAGGUGAUAGACACAGCGGCCUGGCGAGAGAACUGGUAUGUACAGGCGAUUCAAAACAUCACCAAAAUUUUAAAUAAAACAGAUUGUUGGAUCUGUACCCAAAUGCCAAGGUAUUCUGGUUAUGAGAUACCGUUAAUAGGCAUCCCACUGCUAGUUUCCCUGACGAACCGCCGAGACGGCUCCUUUUGGGGAAAUACAAUCUGGAGCACAGACCCUCAGGUUAAGUGGGGACGGGAAUUAAAAAUAACUGUUGAAGAGACCAGCACAUUAGGGGAUAACUGCCUGGUAAGUUCAGGAAAAGGGCUGUUUAUGGGAGAACACCCAAAUUGUAACAGAAGUCGUACAUUAAAUAUGACAGGUAGAGAUUUGGGAUUUUUGAAAUUGAACUAUACCGGUCUCCCGACCCCACAAGGGACAGGGUGGUAUUGGUUGUGUGGCACAACGGCUCAUAAAGUCUUGCCCAUAGGAUGGCGAGGAGCAUGCACUCUGGGAGGUCUGGUCCCCAAUAUUACUAUCAUUGACGGGUUAACGCGACCCCCCAUAAGAAAAAAACAAAACGUUGUAAAUAAUCUCCUCAUAAACAGACCAACGAGUUUCCACAGUUUUGCGCGAUGGUUCAUUCCGUUUUUAGGGGUUAGUGAGUUGGAAAAGGCAAUAAUAAACAUCUCAGCUGUAAUAGAAACCGUGGAAAAUAGGACAGUUGAUGCCCUCCUGGCACUCCAGGAGGAAGUUACUGACUUAUCGAAAAUAGUAUCACAGAAUCGUAUGGCCUUAGAUUUGCUAUUAGCCUUCCAAGGAGGGGUAUGCACUGUGAUCAAUGUAGAUUGUUGCAUGUAUGCAGAUCAGAGCAGGCGAAUCACCAAGGACCUCCAAGAAAUUAGGAAACAAGUAAAUAUUCUACAUAAAGUGACACAAGACAACACUUCUUGGGGCUUUUCUGAAUUAUGGGAGAAAUUGACAUCCUGGUUGCCCAAUCUAACAUGGUUAAAACAAUUAUUUGUAAUGAUCAUUGUAAUUGUCUUUCUGUUUCUAAUUAUUAGUAUAGCUAUCCGUUGUGGAUUUUGGUGCCUUAAGGGAACUGGAAAUUCCUAUAGCGAAUGGAAGAGAAAUCAACUGCGACAAAAAUUAGAAUCUAAUCAAUACUUCGAGUCUGAGUAAAAGAAUUUACUAAUUUCUUUGAAAAGGGGGGACUGAGAGAG